CGAUAGGAGAAUUGUUUUGGUGCUAUUGAACACUGCUAACAUAAUUGAACUUUCAAGAUGAUGGAACUUAACCUAAACCGUGUUGACUACUUGCAGGUGGGUGUAACGUCACCAAGAACAAUGAAAUUAUUACCAGCUGGUGAAAAAAAAAGCUGUCAAAAGGUUGUAGUGGCAGAUCAUCAAGGGAUUCUUCAGUGUUUUGGAAUAAAACGAGGAGAUGUUCAGAAUAUCUUUAAAACGUUGCCAGGACAGAAAGUUACCAGGUUAGAACUUGGAGGAGCUGCGGGAACUGUUCGGGAUAAGAUAUUUAUUGCUGCUGGAAAUAAUAUCCGAGGUUUCAACAGGAAGGGGAAGCAGUUUCUGAGUUUUGAAACCAACAUGACAGAAAGCAUAAUGUCAAU